AGUAUCCUGUCAAAACCUUGUCGCUCUUAUCAGCCCUCCCACAAUCUAUCUCCACAUUACAGAGAGAACAUGAAUCUCUACAUUUCCUGCCUGUGUUGCGUGUUUUUGUGUUCCUUACCCCCGGGGAAUGGGGUUGGGCAGUUUUCACUGCCCCCUUUGCCCCAACAGCCAUCGUUUAAGGCUGCCGGAAUCACAUAUGAUGACGGGGGCAUGGCGCCUUUGUUUGACUUCGCCCGAAGUUUCAUCGACACAUGUCUGUCAGCUGGAUUUCCUACCCAACUCGUUGACGACAUGGUGAAUGGAGACCUCGUACUUGACGGGGAUAUGAUCAAGAAGAUCCUUCUUGACUACAUUGGGUACGCCAUUGCAGUGGUUCUGGGUUUCCUCUUCGUGCUCCUUUUCCCUCUUAUUGGUUGCUGUUUCUGCUGCUGUCGUAACUGCUGCAGAGCCUGCUGUGACCGCCCGAAGACCGUCGAUCCGAAGGCGUCCUGUAAAGUAAAGGUGUACGGGAGCAUCUUCUUCGUGAUGGUCACAUUCACAAUUGCAGGUAAUGCGUGUGUGUACGUAUCAAAUGAUCGAAUAACGACCGCCCUGGACAAGGUUACUGGAACGGUGGACGACAACCUGGACGAUUUCGACUUGUUUCUUAAAUCAGCAGAGAAACAAAUCGAUCAAAUAGGAGCAAACUUCAAUGCAACCACUACUGAAAUAGACAAGCAAUUGGACUCAACAGCUUUCAGUCAAACGUUGUCCGAGUACGCUGUGUCAAGUCUGACGGGAGGAGCUGUGCAACGUCUUCAGGACAGUGCCGAAUCAGCAAAGGCCAACAUAGAUGAUAUAAACACAGAACUUACUAAUCAAAAUUUUAUUGCUGCUAUAAAUAUGAUGCAAGCAAUGCCUGGUGUUACGGGGAUUGCAGUACCCACGAUAACCUUACCAACUGUGGACACCACUAUUCUGACUGAUAUAACCAGUGAUCUGAAGAACAGCGUAAAUGGUGCUACUACGGGCAUUCAAACACAGCUUGAUGACGCCAAGAAACAGGUUUCAGACAUGUCCACUCAAGUCAAUAGUGUCGUAAAUGGGAUGAAGGACACCGUUGAAAACGUUAGAAACUCCAACUUGGAUAGCAUCAAAGAUACGGUCGGCGACACCGUGGAUACCAUCAAACCGUUUGACCAUUACAGAUGGAUUGCUGGAGUAGUCAUCGGCGGAAUCAUCUCUUUGAUUGUUGGACUACAGUUUUUUGGGUUGGGAUUGGGUGUAUGUGGCAGCUGCGGCUCCCCUCCAGAGGAUUCCAAAGGCUGUAUGUCCAACUCUGGCGGAAGAAUGAUUAUUGCAUCGAUCAUCUUUAUCUUCCUGUUUGCGUGGCUCUUGAUGUUGUUGACAACACUGCUGUUCGCUGUGGGAGCACUGACUGAGAAGUUCAUGUGUCAACCCUUGAAGGACCCACAACUCACGGAUAUUGAAUCGAUUAUGAAGGACUUUGUUGAUAUCAAAACAAUGCUGAAGUACAAUCGGGAACCACCCAGCCUGGGAACAAUACUUAGUUCUUGCAAACAAAACCAGGCGAUCUAUAGCGCUCUACAAAUGGACAAAAUGGGAAACCUCGUGGAUUUCCCGGCACUAGAAGCACAAAUAAAACAGGCUAAACUGGAUAUGAAGACCCAACUAGACAAUGUAACAACUCAGCUGUCGGGGGGAUCAUUCGGUGGAGUUAACUUGAAUCCAUCAAGUGUCACAACCAAGCUUGAUCAAACAAAAACUGUCAUUGAACAGCUAGAUGUAGAUGGCAUCGAAUUAAAGAUAACUGGUCUGAAAAAUAAAGUGGACACUUUGGCCUCGCUCCCAGUCCUGACUAGCACUCAAAAACAACAAAUGACCGCCCUCACUGCGUCACUGAAUACUAUUCAACAGAAGUUAGUUCCUCUUAGGAGCCUGAAAACCUCUAUUGGUCCGUUGGUCACUGACGUUAAGUACCAAUUAGGGCAGGCGACGACACAGAUCAAUACAGGUGGAAUAAUGACCGGGCUGUCGGAAAAAUUCAUCAACAACACAUUCGAUAUUGUGGAUCUCUUCUAUUCAAGCACAAAAAAUGCGAUAUACCACGACCUUGGGAAAUGUGGUCCAGUUUGGAACUUGUACAACUCUAUCGUGAUUGUGUCUGUGUGUCAGUACACUGUAGACGGACUGAACGGGUUUUGGUUUUCUUUGGGUUGGUGUAUUUUCUUCCUGCUCCCAAGCAUUGUGUUUGGUAUCAAGCUCUCCAAUCUGUUCCGGGAUAUACCCACUGGAUUGAAAGAACCGAGGUGGAACGACAGGAACAAAGUUCGCCCCCAAGAUGCCUUAGGAUUCUGACUAAGGCACUUCAACGACCUGCUAACAUCCAAGAAUAUGAGUUAAAUGCAAUUUAAACCAUUUUUUUUAUCACAAAUAAUGAACCGUGUGUUGUCAUUCAUUCUUGGCAAUUAUCAUAAAAUAAACUAAUGGCUUUAGUGCCAUAAGUAUUUGUUGAAUCCGUCCAGAAAUGAAAUGUUUGUCAGCCAAGAAAAUAUCAGGUUCCCAAUUAGCAAUCCUCCGUCCAAAGGGUUUAUCAGUUUGAGUAUAAAGUGUGUACAUAUCAUUACUGAUAUAUUUUAAACUAUAGACUUUUUAUUUUAUACCAGAAUACCUAUUUUAAAUACAUAUUCGAUAACGAAUUGUAGUAGUGCUGUUAUCAUAUGUUUUUUUGUUUGUUAAAGAAAUUGAUCAUAAAUGAAAAUAUAGAUUUAUAUAAUUAAAAAAUGCGAUUUUUAUUUUGUUAAUAUUUGCAUCUUAUCUAUAUCGCUUGCAAGUUUCUACGAAAUGCAGUCAAUCGAUGUCAGUAAGUUUGUUCGUCAACGUUAAAUGUCUGAGGUAUAAGAUGGACUUUCCGAGAAUGAAAUCGUACUUAGCUAGGAUAUUAUCGGCCGUAAAAUAUUAACAUGAGCGCAUGGCGCAUGCAUGACUUCAAACAUGGACAAUCAUUUGUCAUACUAAGGCUGAAGGAAUUCAGCCAAAAAUAUUUAGUGUUUGUUGCUUUUAAAGCAACUUCAUUCUGAUAAUAUGCAUAAAUUCUCUACUUAAAAAGUGUAUGAAAAUGCAUUUAUGACAGAGGAUUACUUACAAAGAUUUCAGUAUGGUCAACUGUUAGAUUGAGUUCCUUUUUUAUUCUGAAUUUCGUAUGAAACAUCCAAAGAAUGCGUUUAUUUUUGUUUUAAUGUAUUUGUAGCCUGAUUUAUAUUAAUCAAUACGUUAUAAAUUGUCAUUCUGAUAUAAUUUUGUUUUAGUGCUACGUCUUGUGAAUUUCUCCCUAUGAGAUGCGAAUUUUCUCAAACCUAAACAAAAGUAUAUAACUUUUAUAAUAAUUAUAUAAUUUAUAAAUUUUUAAACUUAAGAUAAUAAAACGUGUGCUUUGCCCUAAUAAUGGCCGCCUACUGGCAUAGGUAUUAAUAAAAACUUCCAGAAAUGAAAUGAUAGUCCCUUCAAAAACUAUCGAUUUUUCUUGUUUCAUAAAUUUCCGUCAAGAGAGUCAUCAUUUCGGUGUGGAUGUAUUGUUUUGGUAACAAAGUAACCAAUACAUUUUCAGCUUUAUAUAUAUUCAUAUUUUUAAAUAUUUUUUUAUUUUAUACAUAAAUGUUUGUUUUUAUAAAUAGUAAAAUUAUUGAUUGAAGGCGUGCAUUUUCUUAAAGUGUUAAAGAUUUUUGUUUUACAAAUCAAUAAUUUUAUAAUUAUAUAUAUAUAUAUGCGAUGCAGCUACUAGCUUUAUAUAUUUUGGAAUAUAUUUCCUUCAUCGUCCAUUUUUGAUGUUUAAGAGUUUCUAUGAAAUGCAGUAUCAAUCGACAUUAGUAAGUGUUUCAAUAGAAUUUAGUGUUAUUGGGAAGAUAUGUUAAAAAACAAAAUAUGGAAUCUCGUUCGAAAGCAAUCUAGCAAUUUUAUGCUGGAAAUAGGACAUACUAAUAUACUAUUUUAGCAACAUAGUGAUAAUGUUGUACUUCAACCAAUAUCGAAAUGUAUACGAUAAGAAAUAAUAUAAUUAUAUUACGUUCUGUCAAUAUUUAAGAGCUUUCUUACAUAAUAACUGUUGAACAAAUUAUGGUAAAUUUAAUUGUGAUAGGUUUAAAUUUAUUUCAUAUAGACAAGACUUAUUUACUUAUCUUUUCAUACCUUUUUUUUCUUUUUUUUCUUAAAGGUAAGUCAAAAGUAGGCAUUUAUAUAAAAUAAUAACGAUGCAUUUUUGACAGGACUAUUACUUUCAAAUAUCAAUAUUCUGACACUUGUAUUUUACUUGUCACACAUGCUAAACGUUUGAUUGGAAUUUUCUUUUAAGCAUUUAUUUUGUAUGAAAUCUGUAAAGAAAGGUUUGUGUCAGUUUUUAAUUAUUGUUUUAUUGUCCAUAUCAAUUUGGUUAUAAUCUAUGCAUUUUACAUUAUCAUUCUGGAGUAGUUUUGUGACAAUGUUACUCCUCUCUUGUACAUCUUCAACCUAAUCAGAUAUACAUAUACAUUGUUUUGCUUGGUGUGUCGAAUGCUUGCUUGAUAACUUUUAGAUAUAAACACGUUUUGGAACUAUAGAUAAUAAAAUCUGCAACGAGCUUAUGCUGGUAAUUGUGUUUUAUUAAUACUGCCAAUAGCCAUAUUUUAAAAGAACUCAAUAUUGCAAAAUAUACCUAAUGUUUUAUCCUCGAUUUCUUGAAUUAGCGAUGGAGAGGCUGCUAUUU